AUGCUAUUAGUACGAAUCGUUCUGAUUUCUCUACUGGUUGAAUUUAUUCCAGAAUCAUUCGCAAAAGUUUGGUGCCCAAAAAACCAAAGUGGAUUCAUUUUGACUUGUGCUUUUAAAUGUUGUAAAAGCGUGGAUUCCAGCUAUGAGGAUUAUUAUUGUUGCGAUUUAGAUGAUCAAACUUUAGUUGAUGAAAAUACGAUUGAAAGCGAUGGCUCGCAAUCUUCGCGGUCUGAAAGAUUCGUUGCCUACACUUCAAAUAUGCCAAAUAUUCAGAUCGACUACACACUCCUUAUAAUUGGAUUAAUAAUUAGUAUCGUAUUGAGUGUAUUGUGUUCAUUGUUUUGUUGUCUUCUAUGUAACGGUUGUUGGUUACAUCGUCGAAGAAAUCCUCAAAUGUACGAAUCAGUUCAGGAAACAGGAUUUUACCCACUUUGCUGUGGUUUUGGUAUACCUGUGGGUACAGUGGUAUUCAGUACUCAUCCACCGCAAUUCCGCGAUGAAAAUGAACUAUAUCAUGGAUCGUCAACAUCAUCAAUAGCGAAUCGUGGCCGAGUGAGAUUUCAUGAAGAUGGUACAUCAAAAGGUGUAUUAAAACCAAAUUCCUUGCAAUAG